GAGAUUGGUUGGCUCGUGUUCCUCUCCCCUCCCUUCCCGAGGCUUCCGCUUCCUGUUCGGACGGACGCUCCGGCAGUAACAAUGAUCGGGGACAUCCUGCUGUUUGGGACGCUGUUGAUGAACGCCGGGGCGGUGCUCAACUUUAAGCUGAAAAAGAAGGACACGCAAGGCUUUGGGGAGGAGUCGAGGGAGCCCAGCACAGGUGACAACAUCCGGGAGUUCUUGCUGAGCCUCAGAUAUUUUCGAAUCUUCAUCGCCCUAUGGAAUGUCUUCAUGAUGUUCUGCAUGAUCGUGCUCUUUGGCUCCUGAGCUCCAGGUACAGAACCGGAAACACACCUUCUCAGAGUGUCUCUUCCUCCAUUCCUGACGACUUCAAGAAUGUUUCUGACCAGAAAACCGGUGACCUUCCCAGAAAGUCCAAGCUUGUGGUGGGUGGAAAAAAUGUUCACCAAGAUGAACAGUUUCCCAGCCACGUCACUGUUUUCUUUUCAAAGAUAUUUUCACUUUGAUCUCUGCCUUGAAAUGCUGUCUACUUAAAAGAGUUUGAAGAGUGUUUAUGUGAGGGGCUGUGGUAUCUAGAUUGUUUAAUCAGAUCAGAAUCCCUCUUCUACCAAACUUUUACCCAUCUGGGUAUUUAUUGGUUUGUUUUUAAUAACCAUCCUUUUUCGGUUCAAAUUAUACAGAUUUUUAAAAAUCUUUUGUAUCCAGGGAUCUGAAGCAGAAAGGUUGGCUUUUAAGUUUGAUGUAGCCUCUUAUUGGACUGCAUUUGUGAGGAAUGAACAAGUUCAUUGUUGCUGGGUCUGUGUCCAAAUUCCUUCCCCAUCCCAAUGGGCUCUGCUUGGCCACUCCAUGCUGCUGAGGUUGUCCCCAGGACUUGAAGGGUGAAGUGUUAUGGGUUCCUGUGGAAGAGAGGUGCAGAGAGGUUGGCAGGGCGGAUGGCGGUUUUAUGAGAAACUUUGCCUUGCCUUGAAGCCCUCUAUUAAAGUAACUUUUGGGGCCAUUAAUUGUAUAGUUUUUAGAAUGAGAGUGAUUUAUGUGGUGAUAUUGGGACCCAGUUCUGAAAGCUUGGGUUUUGGGGUCUGCUUUUCAAGUGGAUGAUUUCAAGGUUGAAAAACAAGCCUCAUUGGAGGAAAUACAGCAUUUUGCAUAGAAGCUUCUUUGAAAGGGAUUCCUGGUUUAAUCGCCAACAUGACCACUUGGGUGGUCAGUGCCUGGAUCCUACAGGUGUUUGAUUUGUUUGUUGUGGUUUUUGAAAUCCUAACUUGCAGGUAACCUGGUAGGAGGAAAGAAUAAAUAUGCAGGCUCUUAGAACUAAAGAGCAUUGAAAAUAAAGCUCAUUUCUAAAAAGGACCUUUUGUUUAUACAUUUUUUAACCAAGAAGUCCUUUGUAAAUUUUUUUUAUUUUUGAUACUUUCAUCAGGUUUUUUUUUAAUUAUUGAAUAUAGUUGAUUUAAAAUGUUGUAUUAAUUUCUACUGUAGAAGUUAACUGUCAAUUUGAGUUGUUUCAAAUUACACUUUGGGAAACACCUAGGAUUCAUUUAUUGUGGAGGCUGUCAAAAAGUCAGAAAAGAGGCAAUGUUAGGUACUCCUUUUCAGUUUUUGUUCAAUAAAUGUUGGGCAGGAAUUGGGCAAAUACGAUUUUGGGCUGCACCUGGAAGAAUCGAACGAGUUAGUGAUAAUGGUGGGAUUUUGCUAGGCCAGGGUCAAGUCCACUUGUCUUGCUGCUCAGCUAAUUCAUUCUACUUCAUAGCUUCUGUAAUUAUUCCCUUGUCAAAUCUGGGCCGAGUAUCACCCCGUGGUUUGUAAGUAGCAGGGAACAGGGCUGCUGAAUCGAGCUUCUCGCAGGUCGGUGUUCUUGUCAGCAGGAAUGGACGUGCCAAGAUCUUGGCUGGUCAGUCCUCAAGCCAUAUGAAUGAUGUGAGGAAACCUCCCUGCCUUAUUCAGACCGGCGCUGAGGUUUCAAUGAGGUGAGGCAUUUGUGUGUCGUGGGGAUGAAUCGAGCUCGGAGGAGAGAAUGCUGUCAUUGAGAUUUUGUUUCAAUAAUUGUAUUUUUCACCAGAGAACUAUUUUCUCAUUGUUCAGUUCUUAUAAGCAGUGGAGCUGUGGGGGAUGCACAUCAAAGGCUGCUAUACAUUUUUAAAGUGGCAACUCAUGGGUGUGCAUCUUUAGGAGGCUUUUCAAGAACCCACACUGGCACCAAAGGUUACCCAAGUUUGAAUUUUGAGUACCUAGGGUCCCACAGCUUGUAAGUGCUCAUGUUCUGGGUCAGUUAGAUGUGGGUUCAAAUCCCAUCUCUGCUUCUUGCUCAUGGGGCCUUGGCUGGUUAUUUCUCCUCUCUAAGCCUCAGUUUCCACAUCUUUAAAAUGGGCCUGAAAGUCAAACCUACUGGUGUUAUUAAAAGGUUCAGUGAACUUGAAGGUGAGCCAGGUGCUUGACUGGGUGGCGCCCAGUAAGCACUCAGUACCUAUGGGUGUCCUCACUGCCCGAAUUUUCUCUCUUCUUGCCUACAUUCAUUCAAGCAGUCCACACACAGACAGUUAAAGGAGCAAUUACAUCAUUUUAAAAAAUUGGAAACAAUUUCCAGCAUGGAAAACCUUUUCCUGUCUUCCCAUUCCUUUUCUAGCAUUUUUCUUAUACAUAUUGGUAUAUUCGACAUAGUUCCAACAGUGGUAAGGCAGUUUGGGUUCUGCUGUUUUCUUUUUUUUUUUUUUAAGUUAAAAUAUAGUUGAUUUACAAUGUUUCAGGUGUACAGCAAAGUGAUUCUGUUAUACAUAUAUAUAUAUAUUCUUUUUCCUAUUCUUUUCCAUUAUAGGUUAUUACAAGGUAUUGAAUGUAGUUCCCUGUGCUAUACAGUAGAUCCUUGUUGUUUAUCUAUUUUAUGUAUAGUAGUGUGUAUCUGUUAAUCCCAAACUCCUAAUUUAUUCCUUUCCCCUUUGGUAACCAUAAUUUUUUUUUCCAUGUCUGUGAGUCUCUGCUGUUUUCAUUUUGACAUCAUUUCCUUCAUAUUUUCUGGGCUGCCAGAGAGGCUUCAUGGGUCUCAUUUUUAACUAUCGUGCAGCAUCAAUAAAUCUCAUUUUAACCUUGGCCCUCUCAUAUGUACUUUGAACUUGUACUUUAUCCGCUGUUAUAAAUGCCACUGCGGUCACCAUUGUUGUGACCUUUGCUGGCUUCCCUCACUGGUACUUCCCAGAGUACCCGGGAAGGCUACAUCGUCAUGUACUACCACUGUAGCUUUAGUGGCUUUUGUUUAUUUUGUUUUAAAGUUUCUUACUACCAAUGCAUGUUCAUUGUAGAAAAAUUAUGAAGUCCAGCUUUGCUGUAAGGGAAAAAAUCACCCGUAAUCACUUUUCCCCAGAGAGCAUCACUCUGGGUACACAUUCCUCUGGCUCUUUCUCUAUGCAUGUGCACUGGAUAUGGUAGAUACCUUUUCUCUAUCCAGAUGGUAUCUUUGUAUCUUCUGGCCUGCUCUUCUCACCUGAUAAUAUGAGCACACUUCUGUAUUUUUACCAUUCUUAAUAAUUGCAAAUAAGCCAUUGUAAGGACAUACCAUAAUUAAUUUAACUAGUCCCCAGCUGAUGAAGACUUGAGUUAUCUCUAGUGUUUGUCUAUUAUAAAUAACACAGCAAUGAACACCUCAGUGUAUCAUCCCUAAUGGCUUUUGGGGGUCACUUUAAAAAAAGAGAGUCAUACUCAAUAUCUUGUAAUAACCUAUAAUGGAAAGGAAUCUGAAAAAUCUAUAUAUAGUAUAUAUUUAUGUAUUACUGAAUCACUUUGUGGUACACUUGAAACUAACACAACAUUGUAAAUUAUAUUUCAAAAAAACUGAUAUAAAAAAACAGUCCACCUUAAAAAAAAAGAAAGGAUGGUAAAAUGACUAAACUUAUUAAAGAAACUUGCAUUUAAAAAAAAAAAGAGAAAUCCACGUUGACAGCUUUAGGCUAAGAACCCCCAGCCCCCAAAAACACAUCUUUGACAACUUACUUCUUUGUCUUUAUUUACUUAAUGUUCAUUCGUUCCUAUGUAUGUAUGUUUAUGCAUACAUACAUACGUACAUACAUCUCAAAGGCCUUGGUUCUAAGUCCCUAUCAUCUUUGACUAGGAGCGAUGUCCCAGCCACUUAAGUAGAUUAACUUUGCUUAAUCUGUGAGUAAGGAUGAGGUUUUCAGCUCCACCCAGAUAACUGUUUCUUUAUGCAAGCAACAGCAGUUAACAUCACACCAGCUGGCUUUCCACCUUGGCCUUGGUAGUUAAGGAUCUUAACCACCAUCUAAGUAAUAAAUAAAUGCCCACUAUUGCUCAUCCUGGAGAAUGUUACAUAGAGUUGCUGCCAAGGUGAGAAGCCACACGUGGAGAACAAAAAGAAAAUAGAAAUUUGCAGCACAAGCCCUGGAUGCAAACUUUGGGGUUCAUAUUGGAUAUACCCCCUUUUGCUUAGUCCACGCUUGCCGUGUUGAGGAGUGAACCCCGUCUCCUUUCUCUAGGUUUCUUGUUGCACUUCAGUUCCAGAUGCUCUAGAGCAGAACUCGGAAACUAUGGCCUGCCAGCCAAGUCUGGCCCACUGCUUGUUUUAUCGGUACCCAGCCACACCCCUUUGGGUAUGUGCUCUGUACGGUUGCUUUGGCUGCUUUCCUGCUACGGUGGUAGAGUCGCGACAGAGACUGGCCCACAUAGCUGAAAAUACUGGCAGUCUGGCCCAUUUACAGAACAAAUUCGCCGACCCCUGAGCGAAGGGAUGAUGGAGGGUCUCAAGGUGCCCCUUCCUCCCAAAGCCACUCAGGUGAAAUAGUCUGCAUGCCUUGUGGUCUGGAUUUUAAUAAAGACAUGUACAAACUUGCUGAAAAUGGAGCUGGCCAUUUUCAAGUGAUGUGGUUAACAGAGCAAACCCAAUUUUACUUCUUUGGAUAGUUAGGGGAGAAAUCUCUCCGGGCUCCCUGGGAUUCCUCUUAAGUAGCAGUGAGAGAUGUGAUAAUGAGAUUGGCUCUCCUCUGAAGUGGUUAGAUUAGAAAAGUCAACGAGGCAUUUCCUUUUCGUGUCAACCAUUUUUAUUAUCUCCUUCUUAACCAAAUUUGAGAUUAUGAAAUAUUUGACAAACCAUCAGGAAAACCUGAUGUUUUCCCGCAUUGAUGAAAGACAAGUGCUGUUUGUGUAUAAAGCAAAAGGCAUGCUAUUGGGCUUCCCUGGUGGCGCAGUGGUUGAGAGUCCGCCUGCCGAUGCAGGGGACACGGGUUCGUGCCCUGGUCCCGGAAGAUCCCACACGCCGCGGAGCGGCUAGGCCCGUGAACCAUGGCCGCUGAGCCUGCACGUCUGGAGCCUGUGCUCCACAACGGGAGAGGCCACAACAGUGAGAGGCCCGCGUACCGCAAAAAAAAAAAAAAAAAAGGCAUGCUAUUAAAAAAAAAAAAAGGUGUUUCUUUUUUUGGGGGGGUUUGUUUUCACCAUUCCCUUGAUUUUCAUUAUGCAGAGGAAGGCACUUUAUCCCAUUCAAGGCCCUUUCUGGCACUUGAGAGAGUUCCUAGAAAUGAGUUUGGUAAUAACAGGUGUGCCUGGAUAAGAAAGUGGGCAAAGGGAUCUGUAGCAUUGAAUUGAAUUUGGAAAUUCAAAGUCCACAUUUUUCAGUAAGAAAAUGGCAAGGGCUCAUCAUCGUCUGGCUCUGUGGCUUUCUUUUUGGCCAGUUGGGUGGUUUUGGAUUAGACCAGGGAUUAGCAAGCUGCUGCCCACAUCUGGCUCCCCGCCUGUCUUUUUACUGCCCACCACCUGUCUCUUCAUGGCCCAGAAGGCAGAAUGGUAUGUUUUUAAAUGGUUGAAAAACAAAUCAAGAUGAAAAUGGAAGGAAAUUCACGUUUCUUUGUCCAUACAGUUUUAUGGGAACUCUGUCACACCCAUUUGUUUGUGUAUCGUCAGUGGCUGCUUUCAAGCUGCAAGGACAGACUUGAGUCCUUGGGACAGAGACCAUCUCACCCACAAAACUGUGAACGUGUUGACUGGCUGACUUUUCGUGGAAAGAUUGCCAACCCCUGGACUAGACGAUUAAAAAAAAAAGACAUCUUAUGGGUGGAUCAUAUUCAUCUGUGUUUAGUUUGCAUUACUGUGGCUGUUAGUGGUACAUAUGGGCCACAAGGAUAUAUGUGUGUGUGUAUACACACACACACACACACACACACACACACACAUAUACAUAGAGAGAGAGACUGUGCUUGGGGAGUUUGUAGAAGUUAUUUUAGGGGGAGUAAAGCUUGGGUGCAUCUAAUUAGAGUUUAUUAUGUGAAUCAGGGAAAAAAGUGGAAAAGAGGGUUGUGGCGGAAAGCAAGAUGGAGGUCUGCCUCAGACCUGGUAUCUGUCACUUACAGAGUGUGACAUGGGGCAGCAUCUUGGCUUGUUUGUGCCUCCAUAUCCUUGUCUAUGAUACAGAGACAGCCUUGACAUGUGUCUAUAACCUGCCUGAUGUGGGGCAGGUACUCAAAAAGUGGUGGUCUUUUCAUCAGGGUCAGUACAUUUAUUAAAAGACAUUCUCAACAGGGUUUUGUGAGGCUUAAAUGAGAUGGUGUUUUAGUCUGCUCGGGCUGCCAUAACAAAAUGUCACAGACUGGGUGACUUAAACAAAAGACAUUUCUUUUCUCAUGGUUUCUGGAGACUGCAAGUCCAAAAUCAGGGUGUCAGUAGGGUUGGUUCCUGGUGAGGCUUCUUUCCUCAGCUUGCAGAUUACCACCUUCUUGCUGUGUCCUCACGUGGCCUUUCCUCUGUGUGCAUCCCUGGGAUCACUUCCUUUUUUUUUUUUUUAAUUUUUAAAAUUUUGUUUUAUUUAUUUAUUUUUGGCUGCAUUGGGUCUUCGUUGCUGCACACGGGCUUUUUCUAGUUGCGUCGAGUGACAGCUACUCUUCGUUGCGGUGCACAGGCUUGUCAUUGUGGUGGCUUCUCUUGUUGUGGACCACAGGCUCUAGGCAUGUGGGCUUCAGUAGUUGUGGCACGUGGGCUCAGUAGUUGUGGUUCGUGGGCUCUAGAGUGCAGGCUCAGUAGUUGUGGCACACGGGCUUAGUUGAUCCACGGCAUGUGGGAUCUUCCUGGACCAGGGAUUGAACCCGUGUCCCGUGCAUUGGCAGGCAGAUUCUCAAUCACUGUGCCACCAGGGAAGUCCAGGGGUCUCUCUUCUCAUAAGGACACCAGCCAUAUUGGAUCAGGAGCCCACCCUUAUGACCUCAUUUAAACUUAGUUACCUCUUUAAAGGUUCUGUCUCCACAUACAGUUGAAUUGGGAGUUGCAGCUUCAACGUAUGAAUUUGGAGGAGGGCACAGUUCAGUCCAUAAUAGAUGGUCAAGGGUCUGGGCUGUAGUAGAUAUUCAAUAGCUGUUAGUUUAUCUACUUGGCUAAUAGUAUGCUUUGAAGCAUUAAAAAUUAAAAAAACAAAAAACUCCGUGUGGUCUAGGAAAUCCGACCCUGAGAACUGCUAAGAAUGGGCCUUGCCUCCCGUUGUUCCAUGGUCAGUUAUUUGCGUGGAAGUGAAUGGUGGCUUCCACCACAGUGUCUCAGACUCUGAUGUCCCCAUGAAUCCCCUGGGGCUUGUGGCGAAGUGUGGAUUCGACUUAGCAGGCCGGGGGCUCAGACUGUGAUUCUGUGUUUCUAACCAGCUCCCAGGGGAAGCCUGUGUAGCUGGUCUCUGGACCACACUCUGAGUAGCAAGGGCCUCUGCUAUCUGUUCAGUAGCCACUAGCCACCUGUGGCUAUUUCAGUUUCCAUCUCAAUGAGUUAAAAUGAAAAACCCAGUCCCCCAGUCACAAGUAGCUACAUGUCACAUGUAUUUCAUGGCAGAAAGCUCUAAUUGGGCAGCUCUGCAUCUGAAAGAGAGGGUGGUAAGCUUUUUUAGUCAGGGGCCUAUAUGAGUUUCCUGUGGCUGCUGUGACAAAUGGCCCUAGACUUCAUGGCUUAAAACAAUACAUUUAUUAUCUUACAGUUCUGGAGGUCAGAAGUCCAAAAUGGGUCUCAAUGGGCUAAAAUCAAGGUGUCGGCAGAGCUGGCUCCUUCUAGAGGCUGUAGGGGAGAAUCCGUUUCCCUGCCUUUUCCAGCUUUUAGAGGCUGCCCACAUCCUUGGUUUGUGGUCCCCUUCCUCCAUCGUCCAAGCCAGCAAUGGCUGGUCGACUCUCUCUCAUGAUGCAGUCUCUCUGAUUCUGACACUUCUCCUUCCCUCUUCCCCAUUUAAGACCCCUGUGGUUACACUGGACCCACCAGGAUAAUUCAGGAACAUCUCUCCAUCUUAAGGUCAGCAGAGUAGCAACCUUCCUUCCAUCUGCAACCUUAAUUCUCCCUUGCCAUCUAACACAGUUUAUUUACAGGUUCUGAGGAUUAGGACGGGGCUAUCUUUGGGGGCUGGGGCAGGGGGUGUUAUUCUGCCAGACAGUAAAUAUUUUUGGCUUUGCAGACAACACCAUCUCCAAACUACAUGACUCGCAUUUGCCACACACAAAACCAAGCAAACGCACAGGCCUGGCUGAGUGGUUUCUUUUCCUUUUUUUGUCUUUAACCUUCUCAUGGAAAAUUUCACACACACACAAAAGUAGACCAGUGCAGAGAUUUCCAUCAGGGAGCAGUUUUUCAAUCUUUUUUCAUACUUUGCUCUACUUGACUAAUUGUCUACACUUUGCAAAUAUCUACUACUCGUGUAAUCAGGAAAGAAAAAAAAAAAACACAAAGAAGUAAA